AUGCUUGCAGCCCACCUGGUGUUCAACCUUCCCAAGUCCUCCCAUAUCACUCCGCUCCUCCACACACUCCACUACAAGACCAUGCCACCCAGCCCCCUAGCCACCCAGCCCCCUAGCCACCCAGCCACCCGGCCACCCUGGCUGCUCCCAGGCACCCAGCCCCUGAGCCACCGAGUCCCCCAAGUCACCCGGCCACCCCGGCUGCUCCCAGCCCCCCCAACCAUCCAGCCACCCGGCCACCCCGGCUGCUCCCAGCCCCUCCAACCAUCCAGUCACCCGGCCACCCCGGCUGCUCCCAGCCACCCAGCCCCCCUAACCACUCACCCCCUUCUGCUCUGCAACCCCCAGCCAUCCAGCCCCCCAACCCACUCAGCCCCUUCCGCUCUGCAACCCCCAGCCAUCCAGCCCCCCAACCCACUCAGCCCCUUCCACUCUGCAACCCCCAGCCACCCAGCCCCCCAACCCACUCAGCCCCUUCCGCUCUGCAACCCCCAGCCCCCAGCCACCCAGCCACCCCACCCACUCAGCCCCUUCCGCCUGCAACCCCCAGCCACCCAGCCACCCCACCCACUCAGCCCCUUCCGCUCUGCAACCCCCAGCCACCCCACCCACUCAGCCCCUUCCACUCUGCAACCCCCAGCCACUCGGCCACCCCACCCACUCAGCCCCUUCCGCUCUGCAACCCCCAGCCACUCGGCCACCCCACCCACUCAGCCCCUUCCGCCCUGCAACCCCCAGCCACCCCACCCACUCAGCCCCUUCCGCUCUGCAACCCCCAGCCACUCGGCCCCCCCAACCCACUCAGCCCCUUCCACCUGCAAUCCCCAGCCACUGCCCCCCCCCACCCACUCAGCCCCUUCCACUUUGCAACCCCCAGCCACUCGCCACCCCACCCACUCAGCCCCUUCCACUCUGCAACCCCCAGCCACUGGCCACCCCACCCACCCAGCCCCUUCCACUCUGCAACCCCCAGCCACUCGGCCACCCCACCCACCCAGCCCCUUCCACUCUGCAACCCCCAGCCACUCGCCACCCCACCCACUCAGCCCCUUCCACUCUGCAACCCCCAGCCACCCCACCCACCAGCCCCUUCCACUCUGCAACCCCCAGCCACCCCACCCCACCCACUCAGCCCCUUCCACUCUGCAACCCCCAGCCACCCCACCCCACCCACUCAGCCCCUUCCUCUCUGCAACCCCCAGCCACUCGGCCACCCCACCCACUCAGCCCCUUCCGCUCUGCAACCCCCAGCCACUGGCCACCCCACCCACCCACUCAGCCCCUUCCGCUCUGCAACCCCCAGCCACCCCACCCACCCACUCAGCCCCUUCCACCUGCAAUCCCAGCCACUCGGCCACCCCACCCACUCAGCCCCUUCCACCUGCAACCCCAGCCACCCAGCCACCCCACCCACUCAGCCCCCUUCCACUCUGCAACCCCCAGCCACCCCACCCACUCAGCCCCUUCCACUCUGCAACCCCCAGCCACUGCCACCCCACCCACUCAGCCCCUUCCACUCUGCAACCCCAGCCACCCCACCCACUCAGCCCCUUCCACUCUGCAACCCCCAGCCACCCCACCCCACCACUCAGCCCCUUCCACUCUGCAACCCCCAGCCACCCCACCCCACCCAGCCCCUUCCACAUCUGCAACCCCCAGCCACUGCCACCCCACCCACUCAGCCCCUUCCGCUCUGCAACCCCCAGCCACUGGCCACCCCACUCACCAGCCCCUUCCACUCUGCAACCCCCAGCCACCCACCCCACCCACCAGCCCCUUCCGCCACCCAGCCCUCAGCCACCCAGCAACCCCCAGCCACCCAGCCCCACCCACCUCAGCCCCUUCCACACCCCACCCACUCAGCCCCUUCCACCUGCAACCCCCAGCCACAACCCACCCACCCACUCAGCCCCUUCCGCAACCCCCAGCCAACCCCCAGCCAGCCCCCAGCUCCCUAGCCACCAGCCACCCCACCCACCACAGCCCCUUCCACUCUGCAACCCCCAGCCACCCCACCCCACCCACCAGCCCCUUCCACUCUGCAACCCCAGCCACCCCCCCCCACCCACUCAGCCCCUUCCACUCUGCAACCCCCAGCCACCCCACCCACUCAGCCCCUUCCGCCCUGCAACCCCCAGCCACAACGCCACCCCGGCCACUCAGCCCCUUCCACCCUGCAACCCCCAGCCACCCCACCCACCCAGCCCCUUCCGCUCUGCAACCCCAAGCCACUCGGCCACCCCGGCCCGGAACCUAGUCAGGGAAGUGCACUGCAAGGCCCCGCCGCCAACAUUUAUGACG